AUGGCUUCGCUUUCAGAAUAUGCACUGCGUCUAAGUGUCCGGAUCUUUGGUGAAGGCCAAAGUUCUACCGAUUCAAAGUCCAUGAAAGUGGUGAAUAUGUUCAGGGAGCAGCCCUUGGCCAAAAAGAAAGAGACUUACGACUGGUAUCCAAAUCACAACAUGUAUUUUGCACUCAUGGGUACACUCCGUUUCCUUGGCCUCUACAGAGAUGAGCAUCGAGAUUUUCAGGAUGAGCAAAGACAUCUAAAGAAGCUCCGUGGGAAGGAGAAACCAAAGAAAGGAGAAGGGAAAAGAGCUACAAAGAAGAAAUAG